AUGGAGAUGAUGAGAAAAUUGAUUUCCUGCAGAUUCCUCAUUGUUCUUAGUUGCUUAGUCAAUUGGUAUGCAUGUGAUCGAAUUAUUGUGCGGAAGAGACCUCAAGGAAAUGGCAAUUACAGUGAUAUUUUAGUGACAAAGCACAACUAUUACAGCUAUUUGACGAAUAUUCCUUCAAAACUACCGCCGAGGAAUCAAACAACAACUCAAACAUCUGCGUGGGAAUUGAUUUCUGUUAAUGAAAAUGAUGCAAAUGUGGACAAGAAGAAUGAACAAAAAAUUAAUCAAGGAUCCUUCAAAGUUCCUCAAGGAAAUGCAUCAACAGUCUCAACGGACAUUUAUUCCUUCAACUGUACCCUCUUGACGAAACCAACAACCAAACUCAUCCCACUAUUGAGGAAAAACACGACUUUUUCAUUCAAAUUCACCCCAAAUCCAAUAAGAUCACCAACAAGAUCACCUUCACACCCAACAGCAAGUUCAGUGCAACACAUAAGACGUCCAACGAGAUCUUCAAAGAAGAAAGUAAUUUAUGUGAAUCCACCGAUAAUUUCGGCUGUUGAAUCCGUUCUAAAUGGUGCAUACGACAUGGUAGAGAAUGCCCUAACAACCAAGGAGAAAGUUAGGCUAACAACAUCCUCGCCAAAUGUGCGGAAACGCACAAAAAAAUCCCCAAAUGCGAGUAAAUUGAUAACAACGCAAGUUCACGUAACAAGUGAAUAUGAGCCAAUUACCCAAAUGUCCAUUUUAACAUCCAGCCAGAGGUCAGAGAGUGAUGAAUCAGGGAGUUCAGAGGAGUACUACGAAGAAGAUCUCUUGUACUACGAUGGUGAUGAUGAUGGUGAUGAGAGUUCAAGUGAUGAUGAUGAUUCCAGUGCAGAUGAGGAUUCAAUUGAAAGUCCUCCUGUUAGAGCUAAACCAACAGUUCUGAGACCACCUAAAGACCAUAAUUUGCAGCCAAAACCUUGGAUCCCACCUACGAACCAAGAAGACAUCAAUUCAGCUAAACCAAUCAAUGCUCAGGAGAAUAUUCUCAAAAGGAAACGUCGUCGUCCUGCAGCUCCUUCAUCUUCCUCAGAGGAUAGCUAUGAAGACUACGAUGAUCAGGAAGAUGAAGAGGAUGAAUUCAGUCUAGAGGACACUUUCAAAUACGGCAGUCCAGUAAAGGAGAACGUCUUUGACUACUUUGGCAACGUUAUGUCGCGUUUUGGAAAAUUCAUUACAAGCCUCAUGGGAUUGGGUGGUGGUGGUAAAAGGAAGAAACAGCAUAACCAGCAGGAUAAUCAAGUGAUCAGCACGUACAGCACAACACCCAAAAAUCGUCAACCUAAGAGACCUACUCACAGCUUCUACGACUUCCACGAUCAUUCAGAACUUCUUCAGGAUCAACUGGGCAAUGAUGUGGAGCACAAGGAAGCAAAUGAUCAGGGUGUGCAUGAGAAAGGAAUGUGGUCAGGCCUAGGAACGUGGUUUGCUGGGGAUAAUACGGAAACUACAACAAUCCCGAAUGAGAUGACGGAAGAUAAAUCCUGGUUCUUCAAUAUUUUCUCAUCUCCAACAAUUUCAACAACAACUACAACGGAAAAACCCGAGACCACGUCUCUGAAUCCUCUGGAUCCAGGAAAUUUUAUUGCUCUCCUGGCACAACAUCUUGUAACCACGGAGAAGCCAGAUGAGCAGAAACCUGAGAGUCUUGGGGGUCAGAUUGCACAGAAAAAGGUAGAUUACAGCAAUUAUCAGUUGUGGCGUCUAAGGCCAUCUAAUGCUUGGCAAGUUCGCUUCCUAUCGACGCUGAGAUCAUCUGUGGAUUGUGAAAAGUGUCAAUGGUGGAAAGGUCCAAGUCUCCGGGGUCCUACAGAUUUGGCAAUCCCACCGGAAUCUCUGGCCUUCAUUGAGGAGACGCUCCAAAGUCAGGGAAUCGUGUACGAGGCUGUAAUUUCGGAUCUACAGAAAGCCAUCACUUACUCGAAUCCCAAAAUGACACGGAGGGAGCACUAUGAGAUUGAGAUGGAGCAGGGGCAUCCGGUUACCUUCUACAGGUACCACAGAUUUGAUGAUAUUGUUAAAUUCCUUGAAUUUCUCCAACGGAAGUAUCCUGAUCAUGUUGAAUUGAGCCACUUUGGACGAUCCUUUGAGGGCCUACCCCUCAUCAUGGUGAAGAUCUUCUCUCAAGCUAACGGUACGAUGGAGCUGCGGUACGGUAGAGGCCCACGGAAGCGUCCGACGGAGCGGAAAUUCCUCAAGCCUGUUGUGAUGAUUGAGGCAGGAAGUCACGGGAGGGAAUGGAUUGCACCAGCUGUUACAAUGUGGAUUCUCAACACUCUGGCAAUGGGGAUUGGUCGGAAUGAUUCUCAGAGUGAGAUCUACAGAUCCGUUGAUUGGCUGGUGGUGCCUGUCCUCAAUCCCGAUGGCUACGAAUACACCCACACCCAUGAUAGGCUAUGGCGGAAGACACGAUCACGUGCACGUCCCAAGAAGAUGGGCUUCCUCAACUCACUGCCCUUCUGGACGUGGUUUCAAGGAGACUCCACGGAAGAAGAGCUCAACUGCACAGGAGUGGACUUGAAUAGAAAUUGGAGCUAUGAAUGGACACCCAAGGGGAUAACAAGCAAGCCCUGUGGGGAUCUCUAUAGUGGCUCAAAGGCACUCUCAGAGCCAGAAAGUGCAGCCCUUCAUCAAUUUGCAAUGAAGCACAAAAAGAGGAUCACGGUGUUCAUCUCCCUGCAUUCCUACGGUCAGAUGAUCAGUGUACCGAAGGAGCUGCAUGGCAGGAAUGAUGAUCUCAUUGAUAUGGCGCAUGUAGCAGCUCAGGCGCUCAAUGGGCACAGCAGCCUCAACAGGUACCUCGUUGAUGAUGCCAAUGAGAUGCUCUUUCCACGACCUGGUGCUGUGGAUUCGUUCAUGCUGAACACCAUUGGAGUUCCCUACAGCUACACAUUGGAACUCAGGGAUACAGGAACACAUGGCUUCCUUCUGCCUCCGUCCUACAUUGAAGCCACAGCAAGGGAUGCAUUCGAUGUUAUAAAAGCCAUAGUAGAUAAUUUAUGA